AUGAAAAAUAUUGAAAAUACUAUUUUUGAUAAUUAUAUGCGGAUACCUCUUUAUAACUUUAGAAUGUUCAUCAUUAUUCUGGAGUCUGACAUUAGAAAAUCAAUAUCUUUUUCUACACCUGCUUAUUUCGCAAAGAUUCAACUGUUAGAGAUACCCUCGAAAAACUCAAAAUAUCAAGCUGAGUUAUACCUUGAACGUGCAGAAAUAUCUUCUUUCCAAUGCAGUGCCAUAUAUAACAGAAAAGGGUUUCAUCUAGUAAUUCAAUCAGUUAUAGAAUACAAUAUUACAAAAUGGCAGGUGAUACAUUACAAUUUAAAAUCUUGA